AUGGCAUGGCCACGCCUCAGAGUCCACAAGUAUAUGACCAAGUUGGAAAUUCUGAAUGCUUCCAGCAAUCUCUUUGGGCUCUUUGGUGCCAAGCUAGCAGAGACACUUGUCAGUAAGAGUCUCUACUACUUUGGGGGUGCGGAUUGUCUUUUUACCGGAACCAUCCCAAGCACACUGGGAUUGCUCCCAGCUUUGGAAACCAUUGAUGUCCAUGGCAAUGUUGGUUUGUUUGGUCUGAUACCCACAGAGCUUGGUGAGUUGACCAACCAGGCUCUAUUGGAUGUGUCCUUUACAAACAUUUCUGGACCAGUCCCUACGAAGCUUUGUGAACGAGUUGAAACUGGCUUGCUGGAGAUUCGUGCAAACUGCAGCCUUGUGGACUGCUGCUCUAUAAAUGCCACCAAAUAG